AUGACUAGCAACCAAGGGCCCCAGACCGAAACCAAAAACUACAGCCCCUCCGUCUUCAGCCAAGACACUCUUGUCGGCUCCGACACCAACUCCCUGCACCCGCUCAUCCGCAACGCCGAAGGCACCGCCGGCCAAUCCCUCCGAGGCACCGAUCCCCAGCCCGUUCGCGCUGAUAACUACCACUAUGUCUCCACGCGAGUCGUAAAGGAGAUUCCCAAGGCCAAGACGCCUGCCGACUCCACCAGUGCCUUGAGCAAGUUCAAGAAGAUGUUGAAGCCUCCCGUUGUGAAGGCGGUCGAAGCGCUGCCCAGUCACGAAGGGAAGUCGUAUCAUGUCGACGAGCAGGGACGAAUUAUCGAGACUACAGUCAGAAGAGCAGGCACGACGCGGAACGUCUUUGCUAAUGGUGACGUCGGCGGGGAAUCAUGA